AUGAUUCGCCUAACGAGACGAUGCCUCCGUGGCGCCACCGCCGGCCUCUCGCGUUCUGUGAGGACAGAAGCCGGGCCGAACAGGCGGCGGAGCAGGGCGCCGGCUUUUCAGUCGAAGAAGGCGGACGAGAAAUCGGACUGGUGGAUAGUCGACGGGGAGAUGCACGAAAUCGGGGAGAACGUACCUCCACGGGAGCGCUUCGUGAUUCCUAGAGAUAACAUCCCCAACAAGCGCCGUAAGCAGCUAAGGGAGCAGUUCAUGCACCGCACUCGCCUAGUUCUCAAGGAAUCGGAACACGAGCCUUGGUGCAGAAGGUACAUGGAACUGUAUCAGGAGCUGAGGGAGAACUGGGAACGGCUUUACUGGGACGAGGGUUACUCCAAAAAAAUUGCUAGUGAUCAUGCCAAUUAUGAAUCUGCGGAGGAUGAUGACCAAGACUUCAAUCCACACAGGAUCAGAAGGUCCGACCAAAUGAAGGCGGGUGGUUCUGACAGAAAUAGACAAGGUGAUAACUGGGAAAGGGCUGAUCAAGUGCGGGAUAAAUUUGAGUAUGAUCGAGACAGAAGAAUGAGGGAGAAAGCAUUUGCUCCAAUGAACCGAGUACUGCCCUUGGACCAGUCUCGUUCGAACCCACGGAAUCAGCCAUUGGACAGAAGUAGGUACUUUCUCGACGAAACCAACUGA